UCAUAGAAAGAGUAGGCUAGAGCCCGCAGAAUUAGUACAGAAUCAUGGCCACCGACACAAUAUCGGCUUGUACUGGAUCCAGCUUGCUACAGCCGAUAAGCGAGAUAAUCAACCUUCCGCUGGAUCAGGUCAACUUUGUGGUGUGUCAGAUCUGUGCGCUCCUCAUGGCCUGCUGCUUCCGCCUCUACCUGCACCCCAGCAAGACAAGCCCCCUGGCGCGACACGUGGUGGCUACGCUGCUGGGUGUCUACUUCGCACUCUUCUGCUUCGGCUGGUAUGCGCUCCACUUCCUGGUGCAGAGUGGGAUUGCCUAUGGCAUCAUGAUCUUGGCUGGCGUCGAGCACAUGCACAGAUACUGUUUGGUGUUUGCUCUGGCUUACCUUAGUUUCUGCCAGAUUACCAGGGUCUAUGUCUUUGACUAUGGCAUGUACUCCGCUGACUUCACAGGGCCAAUGAUGGUCAUCACACAGAAGAUCACCAGUAUGGCCUUUGAGAUCCAUGAUGGAAUGGCCCGGAAAGAAGAUCAGCUCACUCAGAGUCAAAAGUUGCUCGCCAUCAGACGGAUGCCCAGCCUCCUGGAAUACUUCAGCUAUAACUGUAACUUCAUGGGCAUCCUAGCUGGUCCCACCUGCUCCUACAACGAUUACAUCGCCUUCAUUGAGGGCAAGCCCUAUCGCCACAGAGACCAAGGAAGCAACGGGAAGCCACAGGGAAAGACCAGUCUAAACGACCCUUCCCCCAACAAGGAGGUUAUUCGCAAGCUGGCCACCUGCUUCAUCUCUCUGUUGGUCUUCCUCUCUGUCUGCAAAGUUUUUCCUGUGGAGCGCAACAUCGACGAUGGCUUCAUCGCCACCACACCCUUCUAUGCCCAGGUGGUCUACCUGUAUUUGUCCAUGCUGACCACCCGGCCUAAAUACUACUUUGUUUGGACUCUGGCCGACGCCAUAAACAACGCGGCUGGCUUUGGCUUUAACGGCUAUGAUGGCGAGGGACUGCCACGAUGGGACCUCAUCUCCAACCUGAGGAUAACAAACAUAGAGCUUGCCACUAGUUUUAAGAUGUUCCUUGAUAACUGGAAUAUUCAGACUGCACACUGGCUUAAAAGGGUGUGUUAUGAGCGCUGUCCAUAUAACCCAACAGCUGCCACCUUCUUACUCUCUGCCAUGUGGCAUGGGGCGUAUCCAGGCUACUACCUCACUUUCCUCACAGGCAUAGUGGUCACCCUGGCCGCCAGAGCGGUAAGACACAAUGUAAGACCAUGCUUCUUGGGUUCACCAACACACAAACUUGUGUAUGAUGUCAUCACAUGGGCCAGCACACAGAUAGCUAUUUGUUACACUGUGGUGCCCUUUGUGCUGCUCUCUGUGGGCCCUUCCCUCAAAUUCUACAGGUCAUGGUACUUCUCUGGCCACAUAGGCUGCGUGCUGCUGGCCAUAGCUCUGCCGGUGAAGCCUCGGCACCUGCGACUGAAGGAGCAGCAGCUUGGCCUGCAGCCCAGCUCCACACACAGCCAGAAGCACAAGGCCACAUGAGCCUGUCACACUUCUGUGCAUGUGCGUGUGCAUACACUCAAGCGUGCGCACACAUGCAACCACACACACACACACACACACACACACCGACACCAAGCAACGCUCCCCCACUCUACAGACACCCAUGAGGAGAGUCAGAUGUAUGAAACUCAAACAUAAAUACAAACCAGCCUUCGUCUGGACUUGUUCAGUGGGUCGUCACACUAAAAAUAAAUAAAUAAAAAGAUGGUAUCAGGACUCUGCAAAGACUUGAGGAGAUGGGACUGAAUCUCACUGGUGGCAGUGUUAAAGUAAGAUACCAUGGAAGCUCUGAUGUGUAGAAUUAUGCAAACUUGCCUUUAAACUCUCCAUUUCCCCUUGUUGCAAUAUGCAGGGUCUUGCUUUGGGAUGUAUAUAGCGUUACCUAGCAUACAACCAUGUCACCAUUGCUAGAAUAAUGGUAAUGAUUACAAAGGCCCUGUAAAAAUCAAGUGAUCUGAAAGAAAACAAAAGCGCUUGCCUCUGUGCUGAUGUGUCAGAUUGCAAAUAGUUAUUAAUUUGUCAUUCAUCUUUUAUUCUGGGGGUUAUGCUUCAAGGGAGUAUUCUCUUCUUAUCAUAAAGAUGGUAAAAGUUGAAUCAGAGUUUUGAGUACAUUGCAAUGCCAUCACAAUGAGCUUCUAUGGUCCAUGACAUAUCAUUAUUAGUAUAGUCUGUGGCAACAUCUCUUGUGCAUGAAGUUGGAAUAUCAUCAGAUUUGCCCAGUGGCAUAAACACUGCAGACUCUUCCCUGCUGAUACCACGUGAAGCUUUAAUAGGCAUUUUCAACACAUUCCAUUCCAGAAACCAGAAAGCAGAGUUUUGAUCUGGUUCUACACUUUCUACAUUUCAUAAUUAAAAUCAAAUAUGAAAAGGCUGUGUAUAAGAAAUGUUUGCCCAGUGAUUCAAAGCUCAACUUCAGGUUUCAUGUUUUUGUAAAUUAUGGGAUUAAAAAAUGAAUGUUUUGCAAAUUGA